UUACUUUGUUGCAGUAAGCCCCGCCCCCAGUGAGAGCUCGGUGAUUCGGGUCAGUAAGACAUCAUGCUGCAACUCAGGAAGAUAUUCAGCCUCUGCCGGCGGCCAGGACUCCGGUGGCAUCACUGUGCGGCGGUGGAAGUGAAGAAUGAGCCAAUCUUGGAAUUUAAACAUGGCAGCACUGAGAGGGACGCGCUACAGAAGGCGCUGCAUGAACUUAAAGACAAGAUGGAAGAAAUCCCAUGCGUUGUAGGAGGAGAAGCAGUGUGGACGAAGGAUGUGAGAUUCCAGGUUUCGCCAUUCAAGCACUCGCACAAAGUAGCCAAAUAUUGUUACGCAGAUAAGGAUCUGCUUAAUAAAGCCAUUGAUUCAGCUCUAUCUGCACGCAAAGAGUGGGACCUUAGACCAGCAGAAGACCGAGCUCAAAUCUUCUUUAAAGCCGCAGAUCUGUUGAGUGGCCCUCGAAGAGCUGAGAUUUUAGCCAAAACCAUGGUCGGACAGGGGAAGACCGUUGUUCAGGCUGAAAUCGAUGCUGCUGCUGAGUUAAUUGACUUCUUCCGAUUCAAUGCCAAGUAUUCGCUGGAUCUCCAACACGAACAGCCCAUCAGCGUGCCCGUCAGCACCAACACGUUGGUUUACCGCGGCUUGGAGGGUUUUGUAGCCGCGGUUUCACCGUUUAACUUUACGGCCAUCGGAGGUAACCUGGCUGGAGCUCCAGCGCUGAUGGGAAACGUGGUUUUGUGGAAGCCCAGUGAUACCGCCAUAUUGUCGAGUUACGCUGUGUAUAAAGUUUUACUGGACGCCGGCCUGCCCCCCAAUAUCAUACAGUUUGUCCCUGCUGAUGGUCCUGUAUUUGGAAACACCGUUACCAGUUCAGAACACCUCUGUGGAAUUAACUUCACUGGCAGCGUGCCAACCUUUAAACACCUCUGGAAACAGGUGGGAGAAAAUCUAGAUCGCUACCGGACAUUCCCACGUCUAUCAGGAGAAUGCGGCGGCAAAAAUUUCCACUUUGUGCACAAAUCGGCCGACAUUGAAAGUACUGUGAAUGGCGCAAUCCGCUCAGCCUUUGAGUAUGGCGGACAGAAGUGUUCGGCCUGCUCUCGUCUCUAUGUUCCUGACUCGCUGUGGCCCGAGAUCAAAGGCAGACUGCUGGAGGAACACCGCAAGAUCAAAGUGGGAAACCCUGCAGAGGAUUUCAGCACCUUCUUUUCUGCCGUUAUCGAUGAAAAGGCAUUCAGACGGAUACAGGGCUGGAUAAAGCAUGCAGAGACAUCUCCCGAUCUCACAAUCCUCGCUGGCGGAAAGUGCGAUGAUAAAUUGGGGUACUUCGUAGAACCGACAAUUAUCGAAAGCAAAGAUCCGAAGGAGAAAAUCAUGUCCGAGGAAAUAUUCGGACCCGUUUUAGCUGUCUAUGUCUACCCGGAAAACGAGUACAGAGAGAUCCUACAUUUAAUAGACUCUACUUCCCCGUACGGCCUCACAGGGGCAGUGUUUGCACAAGAUAAAAAUGUCAUCGAUGAGGCGACUCGGCUCCUGCGGAAUGCGGCGGGCAACUUCUAUAUUAAUGAUAAAUCUACUGGGGCAAUUGUAGCUCAGCAGCCCUUCGGAGGCGCACGUGCGUCUGGUACCAAUGAUAAGGCUGGGGGCCGACACUAUAUUCUGCGAUGGACGUCAUCUCAGGUCAUUAAAGAAACUCAUGUCCAUCUCAAUGAAUGGACGUACCCCUACAUGGAGUGAGGGUAUAAAAUCCCCAGCAUCCGGAAGCAGGAGAGAGAUUAACAGCGAACCGCGCCUCUGCGUUAUCACAUGAUUUGCUAGAGGAAAACGCCUGCGGGAAAAAUUAUUUUAAAUGAGCAUGUUUUAAUGUAAAGAAAAAAAUAUUUUAACUUAAGAAAAUAUAUAUUUUUAAAAGAAAAGAGCUACACUGAAUUACUUCUGUUAAUGUAGGAAAUCUUUCAUUUGGCAGCAAGAAAGAAAGUCUGUUUUAAAUGUUUUGUGUUCCAAGAGCAAAAUGACUUUGUUAAUCCCUAUUGGGAUAAAAGAAUUGCCUUGACCCCUGCGUCAAACUAGGCUUCAAAUAAAUCCAAUCAAUUUUAUUCUCCAAUAAAAGGUCCUCACACGGGUAACGAGGGGAAUAUUAGAUUUCUCUCCCAUUAGUAUUACUGGCAUCAAAAAAAGUCACUAGAUGGUACUUGGGGUGACGCUAAAAGGUUUAUUCACUAAACAACUCAUUGGAAACAGACAGAUUUGUUUUUGCUUAGAGCGAAUCUAUUUUAACCUUAAUUUCACAUUUAGUGAAUAAUCUCUUGAAUGCAAGCUCGAUCUUCCACUUGCUGUGUAAAUCCCGAUAAUGGAAUAUAUGCCGGUAUUUUAGGGGUGAUUUUUUGGGGGGGCUGGGUUCCAUUAACCCCUUCCUUGCUGGUUUUCAGUUAUGUCUAUGGGUUAUAAUUCUUCUUUUUUAAGCAUUAAGUCUUGAUUUAUUAGGAAUUCAAUUGUAGCCAAUCUAAUUAACCGCUCUGUGUGGAUGCAGAUUCCUUAACAUAAUAUACCAUGUAAGGACCUUCUCAUCAGAAUGACCAGCGGCAGCACUGAAAUGGUUACGAUCCCUAUUUUCCUCCUGCAAUCAGUGUCUCAGAUCCUUAAAGGGACACUAUAGUCACCUGAACAACUUUAGCUUAAUGAAGCAGUUUUGGUGUAUAGAACAUGCCCCUGCAGCCUCACUGCUCAAUCCUCUGCCAUUUAGGAGUUGAAUCCCUUUGUUUAUGAACCCUAGUCACACCUCU